AUGAAUGUAGCGAGUAGAAGCCAGACUCAAGCUAAAACUGUGACAAGAAAAACAAUCCGUAAGUACAGAAUUGAUGAGGAACUUCUGGGAGAUGGUCAUCACUACAGCCCAAAAGCUAUGCAUUCCUGGCUCACACGAGUCAUGUACAAUCGGAGAACCAGAAUGAACCCACUUUGGAAUACUGUAGUGCUUGGAGGUUUUUAUAAUGGGGAGAGUUUCCUAGGGUACGUUGACAAGCUGGGUGUUGCAUAUGAGUCUCCAUCAAUAGCCACUGGCUUUGGUGCCUAUUUAGCACAGCCAUUGAUGAGAGAAGUGAUGGAAACCAAGCCUGACCUUUCCAGAGAUGAAGCCCGUCAAUUGAUUGAGCGUUGUCUGAAAGUCUUGUACUACAGAGAUGCACGUUCUUAUAACAAAUUCGAGAUUGCCACAGUAACCGAAGGAGGCGUUGAAAUAGAAGGACCAUUUUCCUCGGAAACAAACUGGGACAUUGCACAUAUGGUCAGUGGAUUUGAAUGAAACUACUUGGAGAAAAACUUUCAGCAUCUGGACAAGCCUUUUUCAGUGAUUUCUACAGCUACCUGAAGACUUUUGCUCUUCAAAGUCUGUGUUCUGUUUUGAUAAAUGUACAGUAAACUUUUUUCUUUUUUAUGGGGAGCUACAGUAAAAUACAGAACAGAGUAGCAGUUGUAAAGGAGCUGUAGCUCAUUUAGGACACCAGCCUUGUUUCAGCACGACUGUUUGGUUGUGUGCCUUGUAAUAGGGAAAUAGUUCCAUUUUUACUGAAAACAGAUAUCAGACAUUUGUUUAUUUAAUGACUUCUUGCAUCACAAUAGGAAACAUGGUUAAAAAAAUAAAAAUUUGAUUACCUUGUGAAACAUUAA